CAAAUAGAACGAAAUCGGGCUCGUCAAGAGUCAUCCGAACUUGAAACAUUGCGACGGAGAGUUUCCGAAUUGGAAAGUCGACAACAGGCACCCGAAGACCCACCUCGGCGGGCCUCAACAUCGGCGCAAGUAUAUCUGGAAGCCGACUCCCCUCUCACGCCAGAGCUUACUUCGGAACCUUGGCAACAAUUAAGGUCGGCUUUCCGGUCUCAUUUCAUCAGGGCUCAAGUAUGCCUAAUUCCAAAAGAGUCGCUCACAAACGUAACUCAAAAGGAUGAUGAAAGUGUCAAGGAUUAUAUCGCCCGAUUUAAUGACCGAGUUCAAAACAUGGAACCUUGUCACCCCGAAACCUUGCUUGUCAUGGCUAUUGCUGGACUGAAACCGAAUUCGAUUUUCCGCUGGACGCUGUGCCAAAAUAAACCAAACACUUUUCAAGAAUUUCUUGCUCGAGCUCAGCAACACAUCAUAGCUGAAGAAGCCAUGUCGGUCCCCGAUUUUAACUUUAACCCGAAGUCUUCUAAGGCAGGGACCAACGAGAAGAAAAAGAAUAAAUUUUUCGACAAGCAAAGCAAGACACAGUUCAGGGGACCUCCCCGAGGAGACCCCAAUGAUCCUGAAGUUCGAGCAGCCCCAAAACAGUACGCUACCGAUGUGAAGUCCGGUUAUCAAACCGUAUACUCCGCAGGGGCAGCUACCAUAUACGAAGAGAUCAAAGGAAAAGGCAUUCUGCCGGACCCCAAACCACUUCGGAUGCCCGAGGAGAAGUUGGACAAGUCCCGGUAUUGUGAUUAUCAUAAAUUACCAGGGCACAAUACUGAUGAAUGUUUAAGUUUGUUGGCUGCCCUGUUACGUUUAAUCGGUCAUCCGCAGCUCAGGAAGUUUUAUCGCAACACCGACUCCCAGAGACGAGGUCCAGGGCGUCAGAUUGAAUCUUAUGAUGAAGAUGACGAGGAGGACCGAUGCGCCAUGCCAAAACGCAUCCGGCAAGGAGACAAGGAAGUAUUUAUGUUCACCUCGGAAACACCCAAUUCAGAUUUUGCUGGAACUGUUCGGGGACGUAAACGAGAUCGAUCUCCUGAACCGAUGCAAAUCACCGUCCACCGUGUCAACACCAAUAACUCCCGGAGUACAUUGUCCCGUCGACAAAUUAAAGCCUAUGCCCGACAAGCGUAUAACUCCGGUAAACAAGUGUACACUACUGAUUUGAGAGACAUCCUCAACAAUCGGAACUGUCCCAUAACCUUUAAUAUGGAGGAUGCCAACCACUUCGCACACCCUCAUUCCGAUGCACUCGUUAUCACUGUCCCUAUAUGCGGAAUUCCCGUUCACCGCGUUAUGGUAGAUACUGGGGCCUAUUCGAGUAUUUUAAU